AUGGCUUCCCGCCGGUCAAGGUCGCUAUCGACCCCCUCAGAGGGCGAGAUAGUCGAGUCGGGAUCAGAGACGAAGGCAACUACGUCGCACACUUCCAUGAAUGACACGAAUGUUAACCGUCGCUCCAGACUGAGUCCAUCGUUCUCUCCUAGAUCACCCGCAUCGGGUGUUGCGAGGUCGCCAUCACGGCGCCGAUCUCGAUCUCGGACACGUUCCCCUUAUCGACGCGGCGGGAAACGUCGACGAUAUGAUGACUAUGAUGAUUAUGAUGACUAUCGACAUGGCUCCUACCGAUACGAGUCGCGGUCUGAGCAUGACCGUAGAUAUGACUCGCGCCGUCAGAGAACGUAUCAUGACUACGACCGAGACGAUAGCUACAGUGGCGGGCUCCGGUAUAUGGAUGACUACGAUCGACGCGACAAGCGACAAAAGACGCGCAGUCGCUCUCCGUUCAAAGACGUAAGAAAGCCGAAAAAGUACGAUGAUACUGAUGACGUUGGGGAACCGCGAAAAGUGGCUUUUAGAGAACAGUCGGUGAGCGAACGGGGUGUUUCCCCUGUUGUCGCUCAAGAUGAUAAACCACGUACUGAACCACGUACUGAACCAAAGCGUCAGGUUGAGUCUAUCACAGAGGCUUCUGCUGGUCUAAAUGGGUCAAGUUCGGAUGUUACCGUCGAAACUCCCGAGGAAAUCCUAGACGAAGCAGCACGGCUCGAAGCCCGGCGAAAACGGCGUGAAGCCAUAAAAGCCAAGUACCGAGGCCAGGAUGCGCUGCGCAUCCAAGCGCUGCAUCAAGGAGCUGAUCAGGAGCUAACGCCCGUCACGCCAAUGAGUACAAUUGAAUCACCCAAAUCUCCCGCCUUGGAAGUUUCUAGUGAAAGUGAUUUUACAGUUGCCAAGGAUGAAGAUCUUGCUAAUGGUACCCAGCCUAUGGAAGGCGUUGGAAAAGACGAGGCAUCUGCGGCAGACUACGACCCCACUCAAGACAUGCGAGAGGAACGACAGAGACAUGACCAGCAAUUUGGUGAGAAAGACAUGCCAUCAGCCGCCUACGAUGAGACCAAAACAACUAAACAAGAUGUACUCAUUCCGGAACCACAACCAAAAGCUCCCGCAAAAGAUCCUUACGAUAUGUUUGCUGAAGAUGAUGAUGACGAUAUGUUCGCCCCGGAGCCCGAAGAGCAGCCCGAGCACACAAGCGCCAAGGCAGUUCCCAAAGCAAAGGAACUUGAUAUGAAUAUGCUAGACAAUUGGGAUGAUCCUGAGGGAUACUAUAAUGUGAGACUGGGUGAGUUGAUUAACGGACGUUAUCAUAUUCACCAGAACCUGGGUAAAGGAAUGUUCUCGUCCGUUGUACGCGCCACCGACUCCAAGACAGACAAAUAUGUCGCUAUCAAGAUCAUACGAAACAACGAUACGAUGCGAAAAGCCGGGUUGAAGGAGAUUCAGAUCCUUGAACAAUUACUCGACGCAGACCCAGACGACAAGAAGCAUGUUAUUCGAUUCGAACGGUCUUUCGAUCAUAAGGGACAUCUCUGCAUGGUCUUUGAGAAUCUCAGCAUGAAUUUACGGGAGGUGCUCAAGAAGUUUGGUCGCGAUGUCGGGCUGAAUCUACGAGCCAUCCGUGCGUAUGCGCAGCAAAUGUUUCUCGGUUUGAGCCUGCUCCGCAAGUGUAACAUCUUGCACGCAGAUUUGAAACCUGACAAUCUUCUGGUAAACGAACAACGAAGUGUUUUGAAGAUUUGCGAUUUAGGAUCUGCAUCCUCGGCUUCCGAUAAUGAGAUUACGCCGUACCUAGUCAGUCGGUUCUACCGUGCCCCUGAAAUCAUCCUUGGUGUCCCAUACGAUUAUGCGAUUGAUAUCUGGUCUAUUGGCUGCACGCUGUACGAAUUAUACACAGGCAAAAUCCUGUUCACAGGCCGCAACAACAAUCAAAUGCUUCGAUCAAUCAUGGAAUGCCGCGGUAAAUUUCCACCAAAAUUCUUGCGCAAGGGCAGUUUGACUGGCAAUCAUUUCGACGACAUGCUCAAUUUCCAUAGUACGGAGGAAGACAAGCUCACGGGCAGAGUCGUAACCAAAAUACUCGAUUUCAAGAAACCGACGCGAGAUCUAAAAUCACGAUUAAUGGGAACUGGUACCGGUGGCAAGGGUUCCAAAGGUAUGACGGAAAGCGAGGCGAAAGAGUUGGCGCAGUUUGUGGAUUUGCUGGAUCGAUGUUUGAGCGUGAAUCCCGAAAAAAGAUGUACGCCGUUGGAAGCGUUGAAGCAUCCUUUUAUUUCGAGGAAAUAA